CCGAACGCGCGCGGACCAUUGAACAUGGCGGAGGAUGCCGCUUCGGGUGCGCCGAGCCCUCGGGGCUGUGCUGACGGGAGCGAUGCUGACCCACCCGACGAGCGGGUGGCAGAAAUGGAGGGAGAAGACCAGGAGCAGUUCGAGUGCCAGGAACUGCUCGAUUGCCAGGUGCAGCUGGGGACCCCUGAGGAAAGGGAGGACGUGGGCCUGAUGGCUGAGGCCGAGGCCGUGGCUGCCGGCUGGAUGCUCGAUUUCCUCUGCCUCUCUCUUUGCCGAGCCUUCCGCGACGGCCGCUCUGAGGACUUCCAAAGGACCCGCAACAGCGCGGAGGCUAUCAUUCAUGGACUACCCAGUCUAACAGCUUACCAGUUGAAAACCGUAUACAUAUGUCAGUUUUUAACAAGAAUCGCAGCAGGAAAAACCCUUGAUGCACAGUUUGAAAGUGAUGAACGAAUUACACCCUUGGAAUCAGCCCUGAUGAUUUGGGAUUCAGUUGAAAAGGAACAUGACAAACUUCAUGAAGAAAUACAGAAUUUAAUUAAAAUACAGGCUAUAGGUGUUUGUAUGGAAAAUGCCAAUUUUAAGGAAGCAGAAGAAGUCUUUGAAAGAAUAUUUGAUGACCCAAAUUCUUACACGCCUUUACAGAGGAAAUUGCGUAUGAUAAUCUCUCGGAAAGAUACAUUCCAUUCCAUUUUUCAACACUUCAGCUUCAAUCACAUGAUGGAAAAAAUUAAGACUUACGUAAAUGACGUGCUAAAUGAAAAGUCAUCAGCCUUUCUCAUGAAGGCAGCAGCAAAAGUAGUGGAAAGCAAAAGAACAAGGACAAUAACUUCUGAAGAUAAACCCAAUGGUAAUGAUACUGAAAAUGAAAGUGAAGCUAAUUUGGAUAGAGGAAAAAGUGUGAAUGACAAACAGUCUACAGUAACUGAAUCCUCAGGGGGUACACUGUCCUUAUCGAGGUCUCACAAGAAUCUCUUCUUAUCUAAUUUGAAAUAUGGAAGCCAGCAACAAGACCUUAAUAAGAAAAAAGAAAGAGUAGGAACUCUUCAAUGUAAAAGAAAGAUAAGAGAGAGAAGAGCCACGGAAAGCAGGAUAUCACGUGUUUCAAAGAGUCAAGCAGUAACUCCCGAGAAACAUCAAUCUAGAAAAAAACAGGCAUGGCUUUGGGAAGAAGACAAGAAUUUGAGAUCUGGGGUGAAGAAAUAUGGAGAGGGAAAGUGGUCUAAAAUACUAUUACAUUAUAAAUUCAAAAAUCGCACAGGUGUUAUGUUAAAAGACAGAUGGAGGACUAUGAAGAAACUAAAACUGAUUAGCUCGGACAGUGAAGACUGAAUGUGUUUCUAAAAGCUUGACAAAGAGACAUUUAAAUAUUUUGGUCACUAUUUUGUUUGAAACUUGCUGGUCAUUCAUGUAUCUUAAUGUUUUUUUUAAAAACAUUACAGUAUUAUUCUGUGAUAGUCAAUGAAUAUGAGGGUUUAUAGUAUAAGUAAAAUUACCGUAUUCUUAAAGAAUAUUUUUGUUUUGAUAAAUUUAUUUUACCCUGUCACAUUCAAUAUUCCUAUCCCCAAAUCCUGUUCUAGUAAAAAGAAGUUAAAACCUGAUAAGAGAAAAAAUAAUAUUUCUGGUAACCUAUGUCUGUAGGCUGACCUCAAGCUUAUCACAUGAAUAUGGAAAUGAAUUUUCUAAAUCAUUGUAUAUUAGUCCUUUGAUAUGACAUAUGAUUGCAUGUGUGGCCUUAACAUACUACUCAGUUACUAAGAUGUUUACUAAUAGAAGGAUAAAUGUACAAAGUAAUCUUUAACAUACUUAAAUUUUCCUUUUAAUCUCUUUUAAAAGAAAUAUAAAAGAAAAACUAGAAAAUAGUAUACCCAUAGGACUAAAUUUUUCCUAUUAACAAGAAGAGCUUUGUGUCUCAUUCUGGAAUAAUUCAACUUUUGUUUCCAGUGUUCACUUUGACAAAGAUGAUUUUCAAUAAAAUGUCUUUGUAACCUGAUGCCAUCAAUACCAGGUUCUCUGAUACCUUAGUUUAAUAUAUAUUGGGCUUAAAUAAUAUUCUCCAAAUGCUUACGUUGGUAUUAACCACGAGCAUCUUGACAUGUAUGAUAAAUAAUAAAUAAGGUUCAGUAGACCUUAUGUACCAUAUAAUUUUGAGUUUUCCCCAACAUUUUUUAGAAGAUUUAGUCACACUAACAAGAAUUAGUUAGCAUUUUGAGUUCUGUGUUUUAUUUAAUACGUGAGUGAAAAUAUUGAAGUGUUUGCAUGAAAACUCAAAUGGUAGUAUUUUUAAAUGUCUAUUCCAUUUCCUAUUAAAGUAUUAUGCAUGAAAUUUCUCUUGUUCCUGAAUUUAUAUUUUUCUAUGGACACAGUAAACAGAAACGUGCAUAAUUACUCCGUGCUUCCUAACCGAGUCUUGUUCUGUUCUACCACACGAUACUGUCCCUGUUUAUUAUAGGCAUUUUGAUAAUUAGCACCAAAGGUGGCAUCAUGAGUCAGUAUAGACUUGUAAGUCAGUUUCCUCAUUUCACACACAUACUGUAAAUCACCAUAUCUAAGUUGCCAUUAAUUUUAAGAUGUUAUUUCACGUACCACUAAAAAAGAAAACUCAUUAUUACUUAAACGUGUGUUUCAUUGUGGUGCUUUCUCAUUUAGAAUUUUAUUCUACUUAUUAAAAGAGCUAUUUAUUUAAACAUAAGAUUUUGUUAAUGAUUUGUUGUGGGUAGAGAUGGGGUCUUGUUAUGUUGGCCAGGCUGGCCUCAAAUGAUCCUCCUGCCUUUGCCUCC